CUCAGUCAGCGGCAAUGUAAUAGACUUUUUUCCUCUCGAAAUACCGAAAAACCAGUUACCUGAUUGAGCACAUGACUCGGGACUCCUGUGAGCCUAUAAAUACAAGAGGCAGAACUCCCGGCGCGAUUACUUAAACUCGGACGCCAUGAACAUAAAGAUACCGGUUUUACUAUGCCUGGUAGCCAUGGUCAGCUCAGAAAAACGCCGCAUGUAUAGUUACAAAACACGUCAGACGCUGAAAAAGAUGCUGCCAGACCAGUCCCACCCGGCCAAACACGACUUCGAGUGGCAAGUGAAUUACUCUAACGGUCACAGCAAGUUCGCGCGCCACGAGACCCGGGACGACCAAGGGACCAAAGGGUCCUACUCGGUCAUGCUACCGGACGGCCGGACGCAGACGGUGACCUACUACGUCGACCAAGUGUCGGGGUACGUGGCCACGGUCACUUACGAUGGCCAGGCCACUUAUCCGGAGUACGCGCAGCCGAUCGGUGACUCAGAGGAGAAUGAUUCUGAAGAAGAAGAAGAAGAAGAAGAAGGAAGAAGAAGAAGAGGGAGAUAGAGAGGUAGAAGGACGACGCAAGAAGGAUACGAAGUUUGGCCCUCCGCUUUUUGGAUACGGCUACAAGUUGUAGUGGACGACGGAAUGUUACGUAAUUUGUCUACGCAAUUUUAACUAAAGCUAUAUUAAUCAAGCAGUCCUGACUCUACCCUCAAGUGACAUUUUCGAAUGGUUUCUACAGCGUUGGUUUGAUAUAUUGAUUUAAUUUUUUACUUGAUAUAUCACUUUGCUCAGUUGUUAUAGUCUUGUUUAGGAUAUUAUACUCAAUAUUAUGUACUCCAGUAUUAUUUAUUCAUCGUUUUGCUUGUAACUUAGUCUAAGUUUGUUUAUCCCUGUAAAGUUAUACUCUUGUUAUGUACAUAAAAAUGUAUAUUGACCUGUGAUGUUCUACUGUUUCGUGAAAUACAUGCAAAAAUACCUCUACUCUGACAUGAUAUUAUCCUUAACAAUGUCUAGCAUCUCAAUGAAUAAAGGAAUUGCGUUGCUCUACAAAAUAAAUUAAGAUAUUUUCUGGAAUUCCCAGUCAAAAGUCACUCAAAAGUUGCUAGCCUUUGUAAAUGCGUUUAGAAUUAUCAUCUAAAUGCUCCUAUUCCUUUACGUUUUCUUUCACAAACAGCAGGAAACUUACCUUUUCUUUC